AUGUGGGAGUUCUCGGUGGGGCUUUAUAUGAUCCGCAUCUGGCCGGACUCGCUGCUCCUUGCGGCCAUAUACGGCGUCGUCGAGUCCUCCUCCGUCGCCGUCUUCGGCCCCAUGGUCGGCACCCUCGUCCACAGGCUCACGUACCUGCAGGUUUUGGGCCUCUGGCUGGUAGUUCAAUGCUUAUCCUUCAUCAUAGCUGGAGCCUCAGUAACCGCUCUGCUAGUCUUACAUAACCUGAAAGAUACAAGAUUCCCGGUCUUUGUGGUUCUAGUCGUCGUGACUAACGUGUCCGGUGCCCUCGCAGCGCUCUCAUCUCUGGCCGGCACCAUACUGAUCGAGCGAGAAUGGGUGGUGGUGAUUUGCCGCGGGCAUCCGGAGGCGGUGCUGACCAAGAUCAACUCGGUGAUCCGGAGGAUCGACCUGAGUUGCAAGCUGCUGGCACCGGUGCUGUCCGGGCUCGUGAUCAGCUUCGUUUCGACGCAGGCCUCCGCGGUGGCGCUGGCGCUGUGGAACAUCGCCUCUGUGGGGCUUGAGUACUGGCUUUUUGUCUCUGUAUACAAUGGGGUGCCCGCUCUCGGUGAAAACGUCCAGCAGAGAAGAGAGGCGGCGGCAGCUGCGGUGUUACCAUCGUCUGAGCUCGUUGCCCCUAAGGACGAGGAGGCGCAGAAGCACGGUCAGGAGGACGGCUCGGGUUGGAGGGUGCAUGUGAAGAAGCACCUCUCGAAUCUGCUAUGCUUGGGUUCCUGGGCUGUAUACAUGAGGCAGGAGCUUUGGUACGCUGAUGACGGCAGCUCUGGACUGGAAAGGCAUCCCCGCAUACGUGAUCAGUCUGGCUCGAGGAUUCAGCGCCAUCGUCGGGAUCGCUGCAACCUGGCUGUACCCAGUCGUGCACUCGUGGGUGUCCACGCUCCGAACAGGGCUCUGUGGUGCUUCCUCCUGAUGUGCGUAGGAUCCAUCUGGGUGAGCGGCCGCGUGGCAUCGGCGUGGGUGCUCAUGGCCGGCGUUGCGGCGUCGCGCCUUGGUCUCUGGAUGUUCGACCUAGCGGUCACGCAGCUGAUGCAGGACAAUGUCCCGGACCCGGAUCGGUGUGUCGUGGGAGGGGUGCAGAACUCGCUGCAGUCAAUCUUCGACCUGCUCACCUACAUCAUGGGCAUCAUCAUCUCCGACCCCAGGGAUUUCAGUGAGCUCAUCGUGAUGUCCUUCUUCCUGGUGACCUGCGCGGCGCUCGUGUACACGCUGCAUGUGUGCCGCGUACGGAAGCACCUCUUCCAUCUCGACAAGAUCAUCGCCAACAUCGGGUGGUGA